AUGAAAAAAGUCCUCGUUCAUAUCCUGUUAAUUCUGCAAAAUGUGUGGCCAGGCAGCACAACUUUCUCAGAGCUGAAUAAUUCGGAUCCCAAAUUUAGUGGCCCCAUAAACAAUGUAACGGUGCCCGUGGGACGAGAUGCGCUGCUCACGUGCAUCGUACACGAUCUGGUUAGCUAUAAGGUGGCCUGGCUACGCGUCGACACGCAAACCAUAUUGAGCAUACAGAAUCACGUUAUUACCAAAAAUCAUCGCAUUGGCAUCUCGCACACGGAACAUCGCAUCUGGCAGCUGCGAAUACGCGAUGUCCACGAAUCGGAUCGUGGAUGGUACAUGUGCCAGAUCAAUACGGAUCCGAUGAAAAGUCAAAUGGGUUAUUUGGAUGUAGUUGUGCCGCCGGACAUCGUUGACUACCAGACCAGCCAGGAUGUGGUGCGUGCCAGCGGUCAGAAUGUGACGCUCACCUGCACAGCGACGGGCGUGCCGUUGCCCACGAUCACCUGGCGGCGAGAAGAGAACACGCCAAUGCCAAUGCUGCUGCCAGCGAUGAGCGAAGAUGACAAUGACAACGAAUUACAGCCGAAAGAGAUCUACAGCGUGGAGUCUCAAAAUCUGACCUUGUGGCAGCUGCAACGCGGCCAUAUGGGCGCCUAUCUGUGCAUCGCCUCCAACGGAGUGCCCCCCACGGUCAGCAAGCGGAUAAUGCUGGUGGUUAAUUUUGCGCCGACGAUCUGGACGCGUUACGAUACUAUCUAUGUGGGCGUGGGUCAAAAGCUAACGCUCGAGUGCAUUACCGAAUCGCAGCCGGCCUCCAUAAAUUUCUGGCUCAAAAAUAAGGAACUGUUGCAGGGCGGCAGCUACGAUUCCCUGAUCGUUGGUCACGUGCAUCGGAUUGUGAUGCGCAUCACGCUGCGGCCGUUGACGAAACACGAUUUUGGCGAAUACAAAUGCAUUGCAAAGAAUGCAUUAGGCGAGACAGAGCGCAGCAUAACAUUACAUCAUAAAGCCAAAAAGCACGUGCAACACUCGCAUCAGACAUCAUCGCGCGACAAUCAGUUUAUUGUCAUCGAAGGGUAUAAGGACAGCUACAACCAAGAGAGCAUACCCAUCCACAAUUCUCAGUUUUUGUGUCCACACAACGGGAUCAAAAACAUUUCGACCAAUCGCAUUUACCAAGUGUACAUGUAA